AUGGCAGGUAAUUACCAGGGUGCCGGUGGGUACCCGUUGCAAGACCACAAUGGAAGUGGUUAUACUAGACAUCCAGAUGACGAUGAAGCCGAGCGCUCUUUAAUGGGCGGUCAAGCAUAUCCCGGGCAUUAUGACGACUCGGGUCGAAACUUGACCCGGAACAACGACUCUGUGUAUAAUUUGAGCGAAUCUUACAUGGGCUCCGAACCACCAAAAGGGCCAGAUGUCUCGUACAAUAACGCUCAUGAUCCAAAUCAAGGUGGUUUUCCGCAGGGCGGCACCACCCCGAACCCCUAUGUACGAAGCGACUCAACGGAAGCAUGGCGAGCGCGGCAAAAUCAGACACAGAUAAAGCGCUAUGCCACUCGAAAAGUAAAGCUUGUCCAGGGCAACGUUCUCAGUAUUGAUUACCCUGUACCCUCGGCCAUUCAGAACGCGAUCCAGCCAAAGUACCGAUCGGACCUCGAGGGUGGAAGCGAAGAAUUCACACACAUGCGAUACACCGCAGCAACCUGCGAUCCGGAUGAGUUCACUUUGAAGAACGGUUACAACUUGAGGCCGGCAAUGUAUAACAGACACACCGAGCUUCUGAUUGCCAUUACCUAUUACAACGAAGACAAGGUUCUCACAGCCAGAACUCUCCACGGAGUCAUGCAAAACAUUCGAGAAAUUGUCAACCUGAAGAAGACUGAGUUCUGGAACAAAGGCGGUCCUGCGUGGCAGAAGAUCGUGGUGUGCUUGGUCUUCGAUGGUAUCGAUCCCUGCGAUAAAGAGACUCUUGAUCUGCUUGCUACAGUUGGUAUCUACCAAGAUGGCGUGAUGAAGAAAGAUGUCGACGGCAAAGAUACUGUGGUACACAUCUUCGAAUAUACCACACAGCUCUCAGUGACACCGAACCAGCAACUCAUCCGACCCACAAACAACGAUGCGACCGAUCUGCCUCCAGUACAGAUGAUAUUCUGCUUGAAACAGAAGAACAGCAAGAAGAUUAAUUCUCACAGAUGGUUGUUCAAUGGGUUUGGACGAAUUCUAAACCCAGAAGUCUGUAUCCUCCUAGAUGCUGGUACCAAACCUGGCCCGAAAUCGCUUCUCGCAUUGUGGGAAUCAUUUUACAACGACAAAGAUCUUGGUGGUUCUUGUGGUGAGAUUCACGCCAUGUUGGGUCAUGGCUGGAAGAAAUUGCUCAAUCCUUUGGUCGCAGCGCAGAAUUUCGAGUACAAGAUCUCAAACAUUCUGGAUAAACCACUCGAAUCCUCCUUUGGUUACGUUUCGGUGCUUCCUGGCGCUUUCUCAGCCUACAGAUAUCGAGCUAUCAUGGGCCGGCCUCUUGAGCAAUACUUUCACGGCGAUCACACUCUUUCCGCUCGACUUGGCAAGAAAGGUAUCGAAGGCAUGAACAUCUUCAAGAAGAAUAUGUUUUUGGCCGAGGAUCGUAUCCUCUGUUUCGAACUGGUGGCCAAGGCCGGAUCAAAAUGGCAUCUAACCUACGUCAAAGCAUCAAAGGGUGAGACUGAUGUGCCCGAAGGUGCAGCUGAAUUCAUUGGCCAACGCCGUCGAUGGCUUAAUGGGUCUUUUGCAGCCUCGCUCUAUUCUUUGAUGCAUUUUGGACGAAUGUACAAGUCAGGUCACAACAUCAUCAGAAUGUUCUUCUUUCACAUCCAGAUGAUCUACAAUAUGGUCACCGUGCUCAUGUCUUGGUUCGCCCUGGCUUCCUACUGGCUGACGACAAAGGUCAUCAUGGAUUUAGUCGGUCAACCUCCAGGAGCUGAUAACCCAGCUCAACAAGGAAAUGCUUUCCCUUUUGGCAACAAGGUCACACCUAUCGUCAAUACACUGCUCCAGUAUGGCUAUCUAGGUUUCCUCCUCCUGCAAUUUAUCUUAGCCCUGGGAAAUCGACCGAAGGGUUCGCGUGUCGCCUACAUGAUGUCCUUUGUGGUGUUCGGCAUCAUUCAGGCAUAUGUCAUCGUUGAUGCUUUCUACUUGGUCUAUCGAGGAUUCAGAUACGGCCAAGGCAUUCAGCUCAAUGAGGGAGCAGACGCGUUCUUUGAAUCCUUUUUCUCGGGAGCUGGGUCUGGCAUUAUCAUCAUCGCGCUUGCGGCAACCUUCGGCUUGUACUACGUGGCAUCUUUCCUCUAUUUGGACCCGUGGCACAUGUUCACGUCAUUCUUUCAGUACCUUGCGCUCAUGCCUUCCUUUAUCAACAUCCUCAUGAUCUACGCCUUCUCUAACUGGCACGAUGUCUCGUGGGGUACUAAGGGUGCGGACAAGGCGGAUGUACUGCCUUCUGCUCAGACGAAGAAAGACGAGAAAGGGAAGUCGGCAGUCAUAGAGGAAAUUGAUAAGCCACAAGCCGACAUCGAUGCGCAGUUUGAAGCUACUGUGCGACGAGCACUGUCACCAUACAAUCCACCUAAAGAAAAGAACGAAAAAAAUCUGGAGGACUCGUAUCGGAACUUCAGAACUCGGCUGGUAUCUACGUGGAUAUUUACUAAUGCACUGCUGGCAGCUGGUAUCACCUCUGGCAGUUUGUCGACUUUUGGAUUUACAGCAAGACGGGUCUUCUGUGCUGCUUCGCUAGGAGGCGCGUCAGAGUUGUUUGGGUUCUCCGGUUGCAUUUGA